AUGACCGCUACUGUCAACGACAUCGAGCAGAAGCUCUCUGGCGUCUCCAUUGGUAACCAGUCCAACGGCGGCGCUCGUCCGGCUUACGUUCCUCCCUAUCUCCGCGCUCGCAAGGCUGCCGAGGCUGUGAACCCUACCGCUGCGCCCAAGCAGUUCAACGGCGCCGCGCCCACCCCGACCCCUGCUGGCAACGGCUACCGCCCGUCGCCUACUGGUCUUCCCACCCCUGCGCCGACUCCCGUCCCGCAGGGCUCCUACGUUCCGCUUAACCAGCGUAACAACGCUGGUGGCGACCGCCAGGACGGCGGCGGCUGGGGCGGCCCUGCUCCCCGUGGCCCUCCCGGUGGCGGCGGCAGUGGCGGCCGCUUCGACCGCAGCCUCCCUCCCGGUGUCGGCGCUUGGCGCGACGGCAAGCACACUCUCGGCUCGCAGAACCCCCGUCUCGAGAAGGAGCUUUAUGGCGAGGAGGGUGAUGGUACUCACCAAUCGACCGGCAUUAACUUUGACAAGUAUGCCGACAUCCCCGUUGAGGCUACCGGCUCGGGCGUCCCCGACCCUGUGACCGAGUUCCUGUCGCCCAUCGACCCUGUCCUGCUUGAGAACAUCAAGCUUGCUCGCUACACGACGCCCACUCCUGUGCAGAAGUACUCGAUCCCCAUCGUUGGCCUUGGCCGUGACCUCAUGGCUUGUGCCCAGACUGGUUCCGGCAAGACUGGUGGAUUCCUCUUCCCCAUCCUCUCGUCGCUGUUCACCUACGGCCCGUCCCCCCCUCCUGCCGACAACUCGUACAGCUCGUACAGCCGCCGCAAGGCAUACCCCACGGCCCUCAUCCUUGCUCCCACCCGUGAGCUCGUUUCGCAGAUUCACGAGGAGGCGCGCAAGUUUGCGUACCGCUCCUGGGUCCGCCCCGCCGUCGUCUACGGCGGUGCCGACAUUGGCCAGCAAAUCCGCCAGCUCGACCGCGGCUGUGACCUUCUCUCGGCCACGCCCGGUCGUCUUGUGGACCUGAUCGAGCGUGGUCGCAUCUCGCUUGCCAACAUCAAAUACCUGGUUCUCGACGAGGCCGACCGCAUGCUCGACAUGGGUUUCGAGCCCCAGAUCCGCAGGAUUGUUGAGGGCGAGGACAUGCCCGGCGUGCAGGACCGCCAGACUCUCAUGUUCUCGGCCACCUUCCCCAAGGAGAUUCAGGUCCUCGCGCGCUCCUUCCUCAAGGACUACAUCUUCCUUUCGGUUGGUCGUGUGGGCUCCACUUCGGAGAACAUUACUCAGCGCAUCGAGUAUGUCGACGAGCACGACAAGCGCUCGCUCCUCUUAGACCUGCUCCUGGCUGAGCAGUCGGGUGGUUUGGUCCUUGUCUUCGUUGAGACCAAGCGCAUGGCCGACUCGCUCUGCGACUUCCUCUGCUCGCAGCGCCACAACGCCACCUCGAUUCACGGUGACCGCACUCAGCGUGAGCGUGAGGCGGCUCUGCAUGCGUUCCGCACCGGUCGUGCCCCCAUUCUCGUCGCGACUGCGGUCGCUGCUCGUGGUCUUGACAUCCCCAACGUCACGCACGUCAUCCUCUACGACCUCCCCACCGAUGUCGCUGAAUACACUCACCGCAUCGGUCGUACUGGUCGUGCCGGUAACACUGGUACCUCGACCGCGUUCUUCAACCGCAACAACCUUGCGAUCGGUCGUGACCUCAUCGACCUCCUCACCGAGGCCAACCAGGAGGUUCCCCAGUGGCUUGUCGACAUCUCGCAGGAGCGCUCGUUCGGCGGUGGCGGCUACGGUCGUCGCGGCGGCGGUGGGCGUGGUGGCGGUGGCCGAGCGGGUGGCCGUGACGCGCGUACCGGCUUCGGCGGCGGCGGCUACGGUGGUGGCGGCGGCGGCGGCGGCUUCGGCGGUCGCGGUGGUGGCUACGGUGGCGGCUACGGUGGCGGCGGCGGCGGUGGCUACGGCGGCGGCUACGGCGGCGGCAGCGGCUUCCCUCCUGCUUCCGGCUCGUCGGGUGCCAGCUGGUGGUAA